AUGACUAAUAUUGGACUCAUGGCGUACUACCUUGGCAUUGAAGUCAAGCAGAUGGAGAAUGGAAUAUUUAUUUCUCAAGAAGGAUAUGCAAAAGAAAUACUCAAGAAAUUCAAGAUGAUUGAUUGCAAGCCUAUUAACACCCCCGUGGAAUGUGGAGUCAAGCUAACAAAGCAUGAAGAUGGAGAAAAUGUUGAUGCAACUCUUUUCAAGAGUCUAGUUAGAAGUUUACGGUACUUGACUUGCAUAAGACUAGAUAUUCUUUUUGGAGUUGGGCUGGUAAGUCGCUUUAUGGAAGCACCUACAAUGACUCACUUUAAGGCUACGAAAAGAAUUCUUUGUUAUGUUAAAGGAACAAUUGAUUUUGGCUUAUCUUAUUCAUCCUCAAAUGAAUACAAGCUUGUUAGCUAUUGUGAUAGUGAUUGGGCUAGAAACUUGGAUGAUAAAAAAAACACUACUGGCUUUGUGCUUUUCUUGGGAAAUACAGCUUUGACUUGGAGUUCAAAGAAACAACUGAUAGUAGCACUUUCUACUUGUGAAACUGAGUACGUUGCAGUUACAUCAUGCAAUUUGGCUAAGGAAUUUGAUGAAGGAUUUGCAAUUUGCACAAGAGGAAGUUUGGUUUGCAACUUUUCUAUCACGGGUUAUGGUGGAGUAAACAUGGGUGCAUAUGGUGUGGCGAUGGGGGAUGGUGAGUUGUGGGAGGUAGGUAAUGGUGGCGAGUUUGCGAUGGUGGAGGUAGAAGGCAAAUGUGAUGAAUGUGAUUAUGGGUUUGUGAAGUAG